CAGAGUUGUCGAGCCUUGGAUGACAACCUCGUGUGGCACCACGCGCCGUGGUGACAGGCUACAGGCUAAAAAAAGUCUCGGAGUCUCCAUGGUCGAGUCCUGCCCGUUCCGGAAUGAACAUUCGACUUACAUAAUAAUUGAAACACGGCGGCCUUACGGAAGGUCCCCUGGUGACUGCACGACGUGUUUGUUUUUGCGCAACAAAGUGACAUGGUGCAACACAAAGCAGGGGACAAUAAGCGAAAGAGGACAAUUGCGGCAAACGGCUUUUGUGCUUGAAUGGGGAUGAGCGUAAUAGCUUCCUAUUGUCUGCUCUUGUUCUCUUUUGGAACAAGGCGCGGCAAGAAGCUUCCAUUUCCACGCCAGUGAGAAUAUAAGCGCAGGAGCUCGCCGUGCCACCCAUCCGGCCCCUCUCCCGUCUACUUCCGCUGUGUCUCAUCUAGACCACAUCUACGACCCCCGUU